GAGGAAAGAUUUUAUUAAUCUCAACCCGAGGGCUAAGAUUCUUAAGUUCUUAAGAGAAUCCUAUAUCCCCUCGAACUUUCGUUGCGAGGAGAUUUUAACGUUUAUAAAAGCACGUUUCGUCUUUCUUUUCUCCUCGGACACGCCUAAGAGAAUCUCUUAAUCUAUACAUGUCACUGAAUCCUCUUCACUAAGUAAAAAAUAACAAAGUCGGUAUCUUUUAUUUUUAAUGUAAAUUAUCAAAAUUCUACACAUGCUGUAUCGUGUUUAUUUACACCUUGGUGAAACAUGUAGAAAAAUAGGCUAUACAUAGUGUAAAUUAGUGGAGCGUGUCGGCUACUAGACACAUAUAUAUCUAACCAUUACUGAUAUACCAAGCACAGUACACCAUGAUGGAGACGAAGGAUAAUGGAGAAAUUUGUUCUGGAGAGGAACAUAUGUUUGUGUCGGAAGCCGAAGAUUCCCAGAAAGGCCUACACAAGCGAGAGACCUGGUCUACUAAAAUGGACUUCCUCCUGGCAUGUGUUGGAUUUUCAGUCGGAUUCGGAAAUGUCUGGAGAUUUCCCUAUCUCUGUUACAAAAACGGUGGAGGAGCGUUCCUCAUUCCUUACCUUGCAUGCGUGGUCGUGGCCGGAGUACCUCUCUUCUUUAUGGAAGUAGCCGUUGGUCAGUUUAUGGGGGUCAGCGGAUUCAAGGCAUGGAAUAUCUGUCCUUUAUUCCAAGGUCUUGGUGGUGUGACGACCACAGUGGUGUUCUACCUAAACUGUUACUACAACGUGAUCAUCUGUUGGGCUCUUUACUAUGUGUUUUCCUCCUUUACCUCCGAGCUUCCCUGGAAGACGUGUGGUCACGAGUGGAACACGGAACACUGCUACGACUUCACUGCUGUAAACAAGACAAAUUCUACGAACAAUGUAACGGCGGUGCCAAUGAUCAGGAUAGACCCAGUCAAUGAGUAUUGGGAGAGAAAAGUGUUAGGAAUAUCGGACGGGAUAGAGAAUAUGGGAACCAUCAAAUGGGAUCUAGCCCUGUGUCUCCUGUUGGCCUGGGUUAUCGUAUAUGUUUGCAUCUGUAAAGGAAUUCGAUCUUCCGGCAAGGUGAUUUACGUAACGGCGACCGCCCCAUACCUCUUCAUGCUCGCCCUGCUUAUACGUAACUCUGUUCUAGAGGGCGCUCUUGACGGGGUCAUUUAUUAUCUCAAACCAGACUUAGCCAAACUGUUGGACGUCGGGGUUUGGGUCGACGCCUCCACACAAAUUAUGUGGUCCUAUUCCAUAGGAAUUGGAGCUCUGACUGCUCUCGGCAGCUACAACAAAUUCAACCAUAAUUCUUACAGAGAUGUUACGAUCUUCGCGCUGAUAAACUCCGGGACCAGUAUCUUUUCGGGGUUCCUUAUAUUUACAAUUCUCGGGCACAUGGCUUUCCUGCAGGACACGACAGUAGAUAAAGUAGCUUCGUCAGGUCCCGGGCUGGCGUUUAUUGCCUACCCAAAGGCAGUUUCCCUGAUGCCAGGAGCGCCCGUGUGGUCUGCGCUCUUCUUCAUCAUGCUCAUAUUUCUGGGAAUCGACAGCCAGUUUGUACAAAUGGAGGGGUUCAUCACUUCCGUUGUUGAUCAGUAUCCUCAUGUCCUUCGGCGUGGAUACCGAAAGGAGUUGUUUAUAGCCUUUGUGUGCUUUAUAUCAUUCCUUAUAGGAUUGUCAAUGGUUUCAGAGGGAGGGAUGUACGUGUUUCAAAUAUUUGACUAUUACUCUGGAAAUCGAGUCAUGCUUCUCAUCGCUUUCACCGAAUGUGUAGCAAUAUCCUGGAUUUAUGGCAUCAAACGGUUCUACGACAACGUUGAGAUGAUGUUGGGAUGGCGUAUUAAUCGGUACAUGUGGGUGGCGUGGACAAUACUUUCACCGAUGUUUUGUGCAGUCUUUUUUCUGAUCGGCAUAGUGACCUAUUCCGAACUUGAUUACAAGCGGCCUUUGACCACGUAUCACUACCCCGAUUGGGCGGUGGCGAUAGGAUGGGUAAUGGCGAUGUCCUCCACCCUUUGGGUUCCAGCUCUUAUCAUACACAAAUUCAUAAAGCACGGAUUUUCGAUGAAGACGUUUAAGCUGAUGCUUGUCCCGGUUGGUCUGAAGGAUCAUCAACUGAGGCCUGAGGACAGAGGAGAGAAAUCCCUACAUAUCUUACAAAAUGGAUAUAAUUAAAGCUUCUUAAUUGCUAGAGUGAUGACAGUAUUUAUCAAAUUUGUAUCAAAUGUAAAAUCAUAUAAUGUAACUACAGAGUUUAAACUUCGUAAAUAUACUUUAUUUCUGCAGUAAAAUAUGAUGUAUUAAGUGAGGUUUUAAUAUUAAUCUAUGGUAUAGUGAUUGCUGUAGAACACACAUAUUUACUUACUAUAAGUAUGAGCAGCUUUUAUUAGUCCGUACGUUGUUUUGAUGAAACAGAAUAUUCAGAUAUGUAACUUUGUAAAUGUCGUGGUUACUACUGGGUACAGUGAAUGUUCCUACAUCCCUUGCUCGUUCAAGCUGUGAAAAACUGAUGAAUAACCUUUGUACAGACGUAAUUUCUUUUAACAUAUACAGAUAUCUACAACUGUGGUUUUUAGUAUCUGGUUUUAUUUGAACAUUAUACCCCGAAUUCUAAGGUAUUUGCUGAGUUAACUCAUAUGGAACGUCCGUUAGUCAACAGAUUAACAUCUGCCUUUACAAAUGAAGUUUGUACUGAGUUUAUAGCUGUAUAAUUAACAUUUGAAAACCAUCAUCUGCAAAAUAACAUAUGGCAAUAUUAAAAUCACAAAGGGAAAUAAAGUAUUUCACAACAAGAACAUAAUGGCGACAUUAAAACAUUCCCAUAUUCUU